UGGAAACUAAGAAACUCGCAGCUCGUACACGUAUCAUCAUCCGCUUGUUCUAGAGUGCUUCCCAUUUUUAAUCAUAUAUGGAGUAUAUAUUUGAUACAUCGAUUUUCUCUUCUCGAUAUCCAUAUACCGAUCAUCAUUUCGAGCAACACGAUGCUUGAUUUUUUCUUUACCAAAUCUUUCAAUUCCUCCAAAUGUAGAACUCUGUUGAAGCUUACAAUCCCUCGAAUAAAGUUGUUGAGGAAUCGAAGAGAGAUUCAGGUAAAACAGAUGCGCGGAGAAAUUGCCAAGCUCCUUGAGACUGAUCAGGAAGCCUCUGCUAGGAUUCGGGUGGAGAAUAUUCUACGCGAAGAGAAGAUGAUGGCUGCUCACGAAUUGGUUGAAUUGUUCUGCGAACUUAUUACUGCUCGUCUUCCAAUUAUCGAUGCACAAAAGGAAUGCCCUCUGGACUUGAAAGAAGCCAUUUCUAGUGUAUGCUUUGCUGCACCGAGGUGUGCUGAUCUGCCAGAGUUGCAUCAGGUGCAAACGUUGUUUUCUGGUAAAUACGGUAAAGAAUUUGUGUCUUCUGCAGCUGAGCUUUUACCCGAAUGUGGUGUCAAUCGGCAGUUGGUUGACCUUUUAUCCGUCCGAGCUCCAUCUCCUGAUGUUAAACUGAAAAUGUUAAAGGAAAUUGCCAAAGAACAUGAGCUUGAUUGGGAUCCCAGUGCUUCGGAAAAUGACUUACUGAAGACUCGUGACGACUUGCUGGAUGGGCCAAUCCAGUUUGUCAGUGAUCCCAGACCCCGAGCCCCAUUUACCGACGCGCAUAAUGAUGAGGAUUUUGAUGAAGAUUUUGAAAUGAUAGACUUCCCAGAAGUUCCUAUGCAGCAGCCAUCACAGUCAGAUAAAGACAUGAACGAAGAAGCAAAUAUCACUUUGGAUAAAGUGAAUCGUUCACAGUUGGAGCUGGGAGCUGGUUUAGGACUGACUCCUAAGACAGAAGAAGAUGUGAAGGUUUCAACGCGCCAAGCACAAGACAAACAGUUUGUGCCAUUCAUACAUCCUCCUCCUUCACAGCUGCCUGAACCAUUUCCUGUGGAAGAAAAUGGUUCAUCGCCCUCAGCCACAAAGACAAUCGAUGAUAAAGCUGAUUUCCAAGAUGUUUUGGCUGCUGCUGAGGCAGCCGCAGAGACAGCAGAGGGUGCAGCAGCAGCUGCUCGAUCAGCAUGUAGCCUUGCUGAACUUCGUAUAACUGAGCUCAUGAAGAAAGAGAAUGAAGAUUUCUCAUAUUCUGAAUCUGAGAAUCCAUUCCACCUCGACAAAACCAAGACAGUCCUCAAAGAGGAGGUUGAAUUAGAUGCAAUAAACCCGUUUGCGCAUUCUAACACUCCCUUCGCCUCUCCUGGCCGAAACAGUGCCUCAGGACACUCUUCUGAUGAUGUAAAGGGCGUAUUCGAUUCCUACUCUGAGAGCGACAAUGCUUUCAGCUAUAGCAGUCUUAACCGAAAUACGCCAUUGUCACCAAUGGAUGAUGACAAUCUGGAUUUCUCGUACCCAAACUUGUUCACAUCUCAAGGCUCUAAGUAAGCAAUGAGGUCUGGUUCCAAGGAUUCAAUUUUGUGAUUAGUUUUUGUUGAGUUUUGUAUGUUUGAGGGGAUAUCGAGGUUUGGUUUUGUGUUGUAUGAGUUCUGACAAACUGCUGUAAAAUUGAUUCGCAAUUUUGUUUGUUGACGUAUAAAGAGUAUUUCAUUUCUUCA